AAAAUCCUAAUUAAUAAAAACCCCUAAUUUAUUCGCUCCUUCACGCGCCUGAUUGCGCCGAAGGGAUUUCGUCGCCGCCGGCUCCUCUCCCCUAGCCUGGCUGCCCGACACCCUCUCCCCUUGGAGGCUUUGGCAAUUCAGGCAGGAAGCGGCAUAGAUCCAUCACUCUUGCCACCAUCUUCUCCUGCCCGCUACCCUUUUCCGCCGACAACCAAGGCCGAAUGUAGCCUUGGAUGGGACACUCUUGGAUCCCGUUGCUCUCAUCAACGUUCUCCGUGAGCUCCGCAAGUAGUGCGUAUGCUUCGUUUUUAUUCUAGCUUAAGUUAUGCUUCUGCUAUACCUGUUUUUCUUAGUUUUUUUCCCUUUCCUCUCAAUGUUUAGCCUUGUUUAGUCACUCUGAAAGAAAGACUAUCAGUUCCUGCUACUCGCUUUCACAUUGAUAAAUCUAGUUAGUCUGUUCUAGAACGAUCGGCCUCAUGUCAUAGAUUUUUUUAUCAGCCACUGGAUAAAUCGGAAAUCGAAAAGCAGGGGCGGUGGACAACUCAUAAAUUUAGUAUGUUUUAGUUACACGUCUCAUUUAAAAAAAAAAAAAAUCUUUCAAAUACAACAGUAAACUCAUUCGUAAUUUUGAUGUAGUUGAUUUCUUUUUGUUUCAUUUAAUUUGUUGAUGUUGAGUCGGAAGCCUAUAUCGCCGGUCCACCUUCCUCAUAUUGUUUUAUUCUACGAAGAAAUCUCCUCAGAGAUUUCACCAGAUAUGAUACGUUGGCGGAAUUUUACUCUCCCAUAAGCCAGUCGAUUCACGAUAACUAAAGUCAAUGGAUCCACGAGAAAGAAGCGCGCUGGCAUGAUUCAGCCGCCCAAUUAACCCAUCGGUUUCUAGCUCCUCAACCACCAGCGCGAUGCGGCCACGCCGCCUCCUAGGAGUUGCGAAGUCAGAGACUGUCAGCGUUCGCCACGUGAGCUCGCACGGGAGACCACCCACGUGUCCGUCGCCCAUGGCCGAUCGACCUAGCUCGAUAGCUGCUGGUUUGGCCGGACCGGCCAACGACCAUUCACAUGCGAACGUGACGCCGCCUCGUUUACUUAAUUUUUGUUCUCUCAAUUGCUGGCUAUAAAUGCGCAGCUUCUUCUGGCCUUUACUCGUCCCAUGCAUCGCCAUUUUGUGACGUUAAUGGGUUGCUGGUCGCCGUUGGACGCCAUGGAAGCUUACAUGCGCACUCUUCGAUUGUGCGAGGAAUUCUACAAGUACUGCGAGGAGGAGGAAGACGAAGGGGAGUCGAUUCCCAUGGAACCCAAGUGCGUGGAGUACAUAUCGGCCCUCGCGGCCGGCAACCGCGCCCGGCGCAUGGUGGACGUGGAGGACGGCGGCAUGUCGCCGUCCGUGCUGGCGCUGGCAGCGGCGGCCAGGCAGACGGGAGGCCGGGUCGUCUGCGUGCGCCGCGAGAGGGAGGCGGGGGAGCGGCUGGGGAGGCAGGUCGAGAGGCUGGGCCUGGCGGACGUGGUGGAGUGGAGGGUGGAGGGGAGGCCGAGGGAGUCGGUGGAGCAGAUCGGAGGGGUGGACUUCGCCGUGGUGGACGGCGGGAUGGGGGAAGAGGACUGCGAGGAGGCGGUGGCGGCGUUGGACGUGGGCCCGCGUGGGGCGGUGGUGGUGGUGAGCAAUCUGUUCGGUGGGGGGAAGUCGGGGGCGGCGCCGGAGGGAGGCUGACGGAGGGUGCAGAGGAGGGGGAGGUCGUCGGUGGUGCUGCCGUUCGGUGGAGGGAUGGAAGUGAUAAGAAUUGCAGGGAGCAAAAGGAGGACCUUUGUGGUGUACUAUGAAGAUACGAAGACAAUUUGCUGCUGCAUCCCCGUGCUUGACUACCAUGCAAAUGAUUCGGGCGUUCGAAAAUCCAAAUGUGUCACGCACGGAGUCGCGUACGGGGAAUCAGAUAGCAUAAAAGAAGUCUGCAUGAAUAUUGUGUAGAUCUUGAAUGAUCAUGAUGAAAUGGUAAACAAAAAUUAUGAUGAAUGAAAUUAUUAACAAAUUUAUGGGUGAAUUGAAUGGUGGCUCUGAACAAGUAAAUCUUGCUGUGUUUGUAAUUAUUUUUUUCUUUAUUUCUGUUGUAUAUUUUGUGUUUUUGUAAAAAAUGAACGUGAAAAUUAUGAGUGUUAUUCACUCCUCUAGAACAUCUUGAUCUUA